UUUCAGUUCCAAAAGCGGUAUGCCCGAGCUACACUCGGACUUACCAUGCGGCGUUGCUCAGGGAUUCACUGCAGCGCUUACCUUGUCCUUCGCUCCCGCGAUGCGUCCCCUGCAGCGUCCCCGGCCAUCUCCUCCGGCCGAUGCCGGCAUCCGGCUUCCAUGUUCCGGUCCCUGUGACGUCGGGACGUACGGGCGCCGGACCCAGCGGCAAAUUUGAAAAUUUAAAAAAAAAUCAUUUCACAUACAUUUUGUCCCUACUGCUUUGUCCGGCGCCCUGCCUGCAUUUUUACUGUUCUUUCUG